AGGGCAGAAAUGGUUGCAUGUGGGGGUUGCUGGAAAAGGAGGGAAGCGGCCAGCCUUUCUCUCGGCCCCUGCGUGAUAGCAUAAGCCACGUUGCUGCAGAGGGGGCCUGCAGGGGGGGAGUGCUGGAUUUUGCUUUCACUUCUCCCUCCGAGGGCUGUCAGACGCCUUCAUCCGGCCUGAGCUCGGCAAGGAAGCUGUGUGGGAUCGCCAGCCUGUCGCUGCUUCAUCACUGCCAUUGUGCAUGGUAACCGCUGCGUGGCCUUCCUGUGCCCUUCCUCCAAGACCUUUCUCGGUUUGAAAUGGAAGAUUUGGGAGAACCCAUUGAAGACGCUCUCCUUUUCGCUCUGGACAACCUCUCCGAGGAGAACUUCAAGAGGUUCAAGAACAAGUUGUGCUUCCUGAAGAUGGAAGGCAAAGCCAACAUCCCCCGCAGCAAGUUGGAAAAGGCUGACACGGUGGACACUGUAUGGCUCUUAUUUGAGGCCUACGGCAAGGAGGGGGCCUGCGAAGUGGCCAUCACAGUCUUCAGGGCUAUCAACUUGCAGGAUUCGGCCACCAGACUCCAGAAAUGGAAACAUAACGAUUGCAGGAAGAAAUAUAAAAGGCACAUCCAAGAGACAUUUUGGAGUAUCCCUGAAUUGGGCUGCUACCCUGCUGGUGCAACGGUGAGUCUCCACCAAAGAUACACAGAGUUGUUCCUCAGUAGAAGAUGUGGUCCCCAAGAGAGAGCCCAUGAGCUAGUGGCUGUGGAGAGAAAGCACCGGAAGAUGGAGGCUCACCCAGAAGAGGGGCUAGAAGUCGGCAUGGAGAACUUGUUUGAUUCAGAUGCCCAGGGGAAAAGCUCCAGAACCAUUGUGCUACUUGGACCCGCGGGGGUGGGGAAAACCACAGCCAUGUGGAAGAUAAUGCUGGACUGGGCAUCUGGCAAAUUCUGGCAGGAGAGGUUUGAAUAUGUCUUUUACAUAUCUUGCAAAGCAAUGAACUAUACCAGUGGGCCUAUGAGUGUAGGUGACCUGAUACUCAACACCUGCCCUCCAGGAACACUCCUAGUAGAAGACAUCUUGAUGAACCAAGACAACGUCCUCUUCCUCGUUGACGGCUUUGAUGAGCUGAAGGACUGUGGUCUUCCAAACGACAUCCUGAGCAGUGACCCCUGCAAAAAGCAGGCCACCACAACUCUGGUGAUGAGCUUGCUUAGGAAAAGACUCCUUGCCAAGUGCCAUCUCAUUGUGGCUACAAGACCCAUAGCUCUGGGUCCUCUCCUGCAGUGUCUGAGGUCGCCACAGUUUGUGGAAGUGCUGGGGUUCCGACCAGCUCAGAGGAAGGAAUAUUUCUAUCAUUUCUUUGAAGCCAAGGAAGAAGCCACUCAAGCCUUUGAAUUUGUGAGAAGGAAUGAAACUCUGUUCGACAUGUGCUUCCUCCCUAUUCUGUGUUGGAUUAUUUGCUCUACAUUCAGACAGGAACCCCAAAGGGACUUCCUUAAAGAUAUCCCGGAGUCUGCGACAUUCACAGAAAUUCACAUGCUGUUCCUCUGCAGCUUCUUUGGGUACCACUCCAAGCUGUGCAAUCUGGAAGGCCUCUGCUCCUUAGCAAAAGAUGGGAUGCUCCAUAAGACGAUGGCCUUUGGUGAAGAAGAGUUGAAAGAACAUGGCUUUGGCUGCUCAGACUUGGAAACCCUUUCUGCAAGUGGAAGAGUCCUCCAUCAGGAGGAUGCCUACAGAGCAAUAAUUUACAGGUUCGUUCACUUAAGCUUCCAGGAAUUCUUUGCAGCCUUGUUCUACCUUCUGGAUGCAGAUGGGAACCCAGCAGCGUCGUCAUUGAAAGACUUGAAUGAAGUUCUUGGAAAUAAGAAGCAGCAUGGCAGCAACUAUUCCAUGCUGAUGCGUUUCCUCUUCGGCCUCUCCAGUGCAAGAAGGCUGAAUCUCCUACAAAAAGCAUGGGGCUGCAAGAUGACCGGGACAAGGCUCUGCCAGGAGAUGCUGAGAUGGGUGGAGCAGGAAGCCAAGUGCCAGUCCUUCAGGAGGGGGGAGCAACUGCUGGAAUUGUGCCAUUGCAUCUAUGAGACUGAAGACCCUCAGUUUGCCGAGAGCAUCCUGAGGCACGUCUGCAACUUGGACCUCCAAGACCUGCUCUCUACCAAGCUGGAUUUUGCCGCUCUUUCAUUUUGUCUGCUAGCUGCUCCUAAUCUCCACUCACUUCGACUCUCUGGCCAUCAUCUGAGGCCUUCAACAUUCAGCCAGCUCCUACCAGGACUGCUGAAGCCCUUGGAGAUUCAGCUGAACUGUUGUGGUCUCACAGCUGCCGCAUGCAAAGAUCUUGCUUCCAUUGUGGUGACCAAUCAGAGUCUGGCCAGUCUGAACCUGGGUGAAAAUCCACUAGGUGAUUUGGGCGUGAUCCACUUGUGUGGUGGGCUUCUUGAUCCAGGUUGUAAAUUACAGAGUCUCCGGUUGCACCACUGCAGUCUCACAGCUGCUGCAUGUGAGCGCCUUUCGCUGGUCCUGGCAUCCAACCAGUUCCUCUCCGAGCUGGAUCUGGAAGAGAACCACCUGGGUGAUGGAGGAGCCAGGAAGCUGUGUGAGGGUCUGCAGCACCCACAGUCCAGGCUGCAAAGACUCAUGUUGCACCAUUGUGGUCUCACAGCUGGUGCGUGUGAAGAUCUGGCCUCUGUCCUGGAAACCAGUAAGAGUCUGAUGGAGCUGGGUCUUGGGGAGAACAACCUGGGAGACGAGGGCAUCCGGCAGCUGUGCGAGGUGCUGCGGAAGCCGCACUGUAAACUUCAGAGACUGGCAGUUACAAUGAGGACCCUAAAUCGCACUACCCAGAAAAAACUCCAAGCGGCUCGUGCUGCACGCCCUCAGCUAAUCCUGACCUCCUAUUAUCCGCCUGGCUACGCAGCCUUCCCGGGUGAAGGGUAAACAGGGCAGUCACACAAGAUUAUCGCUCAAGCUUCGAAAAAUGAAGAGACUGCUUACAGGUGUGAAAUCACUCCCAAGCAACAAGAACCACCGUCUGUGUCUGUGUUGGAAUUGCUUUUUAAUAUGUUUUUAAAACUUCUUUUUAAGAACAUAACACAUU